AUGCUUGUAAGGUUCUUUCUAGAAUAAGUUCAUUCAAUUACACACAUGUGAAACGUUGAUCUUCAUAUAAGUAUGCAAUAUGCAACAUAUAUAACACCAUAUGCUUGUAAGGUUCUUUUUAGAUUUAGCAAGUCUAUCAAUAUGUCUUUCACCUUGCAAGUUUUUAUCUUCUCUUCUCUUCCUUUCAUUAUUGCCUUAUUUCUUUUGAAAUCAUAUCUUUCUUCUUCAAAUUCCCACAAAAACCUUCCACCAUCUCCACGAAAACUACCGUUAAUUGGAAACCUUCACCAACUAGGCUCGAGCCCGCAUCGUGCCUUUCAUGCCAUGGCUCAGACUUAUGGUCCACUCAUGUUGAUUCGCCUUGGUAGCAUACCAGUACUUGUAGUCUCCACUGUUGAUGCAGCUCGAGAAGUUAUGAAAACUCAUGAUUUAGUAUUUUCAAAUAGGCCGAAUUUAAGCAUCCCUAGUAGACUUUUUUAUGAUUCCAAAGAUAUGGCUUUUGCACCAUAUGGAGAGUAUUGGAGGCAGAUAAAGAGCAUUGCAGUGAUACAUCUUUUAAGCAACAAAAGGGUUCAGUCAUAUCGACACGUGAGAGAGGAGGAAAUGUCCCUUAUGAUGGAGAAGAUUCAAAAAUCUGAUGAAUCGGUUGUUAAUAUAAGCGAGUUACUUAUUUCACUUACAAAUAACGUAAUAUGUAGGGUGGCUUUGGGUAGGAGGUAUGAUGGGAGGAAGUUUAACAACUUGUUAAAAAGCGCUUUAGAGUUAUUAGGAUGUUUUAGUGUCGGGGCUUAUAUUCCGUCUCUAAGGUGGGUCGAUCAACUAAGUGGAUUAGAGCGAAGAGUUGAUAAAGUUGCUAAAGAAUUUGAUGAAUUUUUAGAGGGUGUUCUAGAAGAACAUGUAAACAAGAACCGGGUUGAUGUUAAAUGCGAAGAUCUUGUUGAUGUUUUAUUAGAAAUUCAAAGAGAUAACAUGACCGGUUUUCCCCUUGAGGAUGAUAUGAUUAAGGCUCUCAUAUUGGACAUAUUUAUGGCUGGAACUGAUACUACUUUCACAAGCCUAGAGUGGACACUCUGCGAGCUAUUAAGACACCCACAAGCAAUGAAAGAACUGCAACAAGAAGCACUAAAAAUAGGCCAAGGAAGAUCAAUGAUUACCGAAGACCAACUAGAAAAAAUGGUCUACCUAAAAGCAGUUCUUAAAGAAACCCUACGACUACACACUCCAAUUCCACUACUUGUUCCUCGUGAAUCAACACAAGACGUCGAACUACUCGGCUAUGACAUCCCAUCCGGCACACAAGUUAUCAUCAAUGCAUGGGCGAUAUCAAGAGACCCUUCAAAGUGGGAAGCGUCCGAGGAGUUUAGACCAGAGAGAUUCUUGAACAAUCCUAUCGACUAUAAAGGGUUUCAUUUCGAGUUGAUACCAUUCGGUGCUGGACGAAGAGGGUGUCCAGCUAUUCAAUUUGCAAUGAUUAUUAAUCAACUUGUUUUGGCUAAUUUGGUGUAUAAGUUUGAUUUGGUCGUGAUGGAGAAAGAUCAUGUCUUGGAUAUGAGCGAGACGAGUGGUCUUACUGUUCAUAAGAAGCGUCCUAUACUAGUUUCAGCAACUCCUAUUGCUUAAGUUGCACUUCGUGUUUCUAUAUAUUGUUACUUGAUAAAAGUAAAUGUUUCGUAUAUAUUGAGAUUGUUUGUAUUUCA